AUGGAGGAUAAUAGCCUAACAGGGCAUAAACCAUACAAAAAAGACGGUGGAACAAUUCUUCUUCCAAAAACAGAUCAAACUCGAAAACUUAUAACUCGGAUAUUAACGAAACUAAAGAAAAGAAAAAAACCUCCCUCGGCAAUCAAUUCUUUUAUUUCUGAAUCAACCAGUCCGUUUAAUGCCGAGGAAUCUUGUGAUUUACUGAAUCAAUUAAAAGACGUUUUAUUAGUUUGUGAAUUGCAAGGAAUAAAUUUUGCACAUAGAUCUCCAUAUGCGUCACGAGAUCCUUCACCAAGUCGUUCACAUUCACCAUAUUCAUCGAAUAAAAAAAAAAGUCCCGGAAUUCUCGAAAUUAUUUUGGAAGUUUUGAAUGACAUGGUUCAAAAUGAUUGUCGAUAUAAAGUUUUAAACCCAAGACUUACUCGACCACCCAAUGCUUUACAAUCAAUUGUACUGGACGUCGCUCAUCUUUUGAUCAACCAAAAUCCUCAUUCAGCUAGUUGGUUAUAUGAAUUGGGUAUGACAUUGAUCCCUGGAUUCAACUGCUUCAGUGACGCCUUACGUUCAAGAUUGUUAAAAUUUUAUAGUGACUUUUUGAUUCCUCAAUUAAAAUCCUUACAAAAUGGUCAUAUUAAUGCUGCUGUAUCAAAACUUAUAUCUAAUAAUAAUAUUAAUUCCACUGUUAAUUAUUUGACUGAGAAUGAGAACUCUUCACAUAUAAACAUCACAAUAAAUGCUGAACACGUACCAAUCGAAGUUGGUCGAUCAAAAUUUGGAAAUUCAUCAAAUACAAACUUGGAUGUUUCCGACAAUGAUCACAGCAUGAGACAUAGGCGGACCGCUAAGCAACUGUCCAUUUCAUCUUCUGAUGAUUUAUGUAUCGAUGAUUAUUAUACUGAUUCAAUUUUUACACCACUAUUGUUUUCGAUCUUUCAAUUCAUUACUAUUGAAGAGUCUUCUCUAGAAACAUUGUAUCAAAUGCACCGUACUUUUGGAAUAAUGAUCCAUCAUAAACCAGGUUUAUAUUAUGACAUAAUGGAAAUAAUAGCUUACGGUGAUGCAUCAAGUCGUAGUCUUGCUUUGAAUAUUUUAUUUUAUUUUUGGAAUAAUAGUACUGGACAUCCUUCUGUUGGUGAAGUUCUACCAUGUGUUGGGUAUAUUGUGGAUUUACAUACCAAAGAAUUUUAUAAAAGUAAAGGUAUUCCAAGAAAGAUAAAUAUAAAUCAAAAGAAAGCUUCAAUUAAUGUUGAAGAUAUCCAUUUACACCAACUCUUUUCACAUAUAUUUCAUAAUGAUAUGGAUAUGUAUGCGGUAAAAGAUAAUAAGAAUACCUCAUUAGCUGAUGAAUUUUUAUCUACAAAUCAUCCUAAUACAUGUGCACAAUGUUCAAAACCAGUAUUUGGUUUUGGUCUACGUUGUUGGGGUUGUAAAUUAAGUCUUCAUUUUAGAUGUUAUAAUUCGUCCCAUGGCGGAUUUCAAGCAGAGUAUCCUUUGAAUUCUGGUGUUCAUAAAUUAGCCACCCCAAAAUAUUGUGAUAUCAUUCGUAGUAAAAGAGAAUGUAUCUUUAAAGGGUGCUUUCAAGGCGACAAUUCUGAUUUGCCAACUAUUUCAGAAAAUAUUGCUGGCCAUAAAUUCUAUCUUGUCAACCUUUUUACCUUAACAUUAUGUACAGUUUGUCAUUUGCCUUUAUGGGGUAUGAUGUAUCAAGGAUAUAGAUGCGAAUUAUGUAAUCGGUUUAUACAUUCAAGUUGUUUGAACUCCAAACAUCUAGAAACAAAAGCUCGUUGCCAAAUGUCUUCUAUGAGUGAAAGUGAUGUGCUUAUCGAGCAUGAAGACCUAUGUCAAGACUUUCGCAAAUAUUUUGACCAUAUAUUGAUUCUAGAAAAUGCUAUACCAUUACAUACUUAUGAAGAGUUAUCAAUGAUGCACAUAACCUUACUAAUACAAGAUAAUAUUCUGCAGAACGGUAUAAUGGCUGGUUGCCUUGUUAUAAAACAAAAUAACUAUAAUCCUUUGACUUCAACAUCAGAAAAUUUUGAAAGGUUUGAACUUCAAGAAACCAUUGAUCUAUACAAAUCAUAUCUAGAUGAUGGCAAACUGUCUUUGUGUUCAUUGUCAGUUGAAUAUUGGGAUGCUAUUAAAAAGAAAUCUCACCCAUGGAUGAUGUUAUGUGAAGAUUACCUUGCUUAUUUAGUUUUGGCAAUUAAGUCACCAAAUUAUAUUGAACCUUCAGAACAAGAUUAUAUCGAUCAACAUCUAAGUGUAUACGGUCCAGAAGCGAAUAUCUCAUCAUCGAAAGGUGCUUCAGAUAAUCCAGACAGAAUUUUAGCUACACAUGAAUUAAUCAAAUGGGUUCAAGAAAACAUCGGAUUCCGUAAUAUCUUCACGACAAAAAUAAUUUUACAACAACUUGUUAAUAUUGGAUUUCUUGAAAGAAUUGACGGACAUCCUAUAUUAUUUGGUGAAGAUGAUCCUGAAAAGAAUAUAGUUGAAUGUUCGCUUCCUCUGCCAUUCGCGACAGAAUGCUCUUCAACAGUCGAGACUCUUUUAACUGCAAUUUCUUCAUGCUUAUCAGAUGUAAAUAUAUCGAUUAAUGAGUGCGGAUUUCUUCUCAUGACGCGACGUUGUUGGCCUGGUCCUUUCAUGUCCAAAUAUGUUUUAGAACGGCUGGUUUAUUCGAUUAUUGAAUGGAUGAAUGAUGAAGAUGAGAGGUUAUUGAUAAUCGGGAAAGAAUACACUGCUGCACGAAAAUUACCAGGGGUUCGUGGUGAAAUUGAAGAUAAUCAACAGCAGAAAGGAUACUUGCAAAAUUCUGUUAGUGGAGGUGCUUAUGUGAUAAGUCGUAAAAUGUUAAAAGAGAAAUAUAUUUUGCAAUGGUUAUCUGCAGUUCACGAAUUGGAUGAGGAACUAUUUUGUGAUAUUUUUUACAGCCAGAUAAAAAUGGUUUACGAGAACCAAAAUCAGCAAGAAGAUAUUGAUACAAAUUUUCAUGACCGUAUGCUCAAAUGUAUAAUUAGACUCUGGAACGAAGGCCUGCUUUUUACUUCAUUUAAUGAAAUAGUUUCCAGAUGGUUAGACGAAGUUUAUCAGAUAAUGAAAAAUCAACCCCAAAAAUUUGUAGAAAUACGGACAUUGAGUAAAGUUUUUGGCCCGGUAAAAAACACUGCUCAACGAAAGAAUCAUGUGGAUCAAAUAACUGUAGCCACAGAGAAUAACAAUGCUAAUGCUAACAUUGACCCUAUAGACACAAUUACCAAAUUAUUUAAAAAUAAUAAUGUACAAUUAUCAAGAGCCUUGCAAUGGAUAGAAUUGAUGGUGCGUGCCGGAGUCGGUCUUCCUGGCACAAUAUUCUCAGAUUAUAUCUCAUUAUUAGUAAAUGUUUCGCCAACACUUGAUCAGUACACAACCUUCUUGCAAAUUAUUUGGCACCAGGUUAUGACAGGUCUAGGAAAUAUUAUUCAACGUGGUAUUAUUCUUAAAAUUAUAUCCGAUACAAAUGAAGCAACUGUCGACAUAAUAAACAAAAUAAGCAAAAAAGGCAAAGGCACAGAAAUAGCAAGUACCUUUAAAAGAAAAUCAAAUAUUAUGGAUCCAACACCAGGUACCAAUGUUACAAUAGACACUCCUUUAAUACAAAUAUUUUUAAAUUAUGCAAGGAUGGAAAAAUUAGAAGUUCGUAGUGAUGUCGUAAAGACAUUCUGGAGACUUUUUACAUCUGCUAAUCUUAUUUUCAAUAAGGAUGAAUUUAUUAUUACAUUGGCCCCUAUAAAUGAUGGAUCAUCUGAUCUAAUAUUACAAUUAUUGAUAAGAAUUGUUUGGACGGAUCCUCGUUUCUUUCUUACUUCAGUUAGUAAAGUGUUUGAACAUCCAAACUGGGAAAUUCGGUUUGAUGGCCUUGACAAUUUAUUUGGACUAUUUGCAAAACUUGAUGAAAAGUUUGAGGUUGCCAGGGCUGGCGUAUUUGCUUAUUUAGGCCCUAUCUUUAGUUAUUUUGUUGGUUGUAUCUGGGAUCAAGAGGCUAUAACUUAUAUUAGAGCCAUGCAACCACAACAUGUUUAUUUAGCCAUUAAAUGUUGGGAUGCAUAUUUCAAAACAGCUUCUAACCGAGAGAAAACUUUUUUAUGCAGAUUAAUGAUAAAAUUGAAUGCUAAGUUUCCAGACUGGAAAGUUAUUGAGUGGGACACAUUAUUAAAUUUCUUGUCUCAAGAAAAUAUUGAGGCUGAAGAAGUGUCUACAACAGAUAUAUUGGAAAGUUAUGUUAGGCCAGACAGCAUAUUAGUUGUUGGAUUAAAACGAAUCCAAGCUGAAGACUCUGGCUCAACUCCGGGGCAGAGAGCUGCUGAAGAGCAAAAUUUAAAGAUUGUAAUGUUGUCUUUAGCCCUCCAAAUGUUAGCUAAUGGUAUUGAGAUAACGCAUGAUCAAAUAACCACUUUAAAUUACAUGGUAGUAUCAAACCUUGGAUUUAAAAAUUGUAGAUUAGAUAAAGUUGAUGGAGUUUUAAAUGUACAUUUUGGAGAAUUUGAAUAUAUGCCUGAGGAUUUUGCUCAAAAUAUGAAAAUGGUGUCAAUUCUCGGAAAUCUUAAAAGACAUAAAAUAGUUCAGGAUAAAUUAGAUAAAGAAUAUCUCAAAGAACGAGAAGACAAUUUAAUAAAUGCCAUAAGAAAAACAUUCGAACUAAUACCAAAAAAUAUAACAGAAGAGAAUAAACAACUAAUAAUCGAACUAUCAACAUCGUUGCUAAAGCGAGCGCAUAUGUUAACAGUUACUAUACUUGGUACACAAAUUAUUACGACAGGGAAACUUUUAACGAAACACAAAAAUGAUACUAAUAGUACGUUAGUUAUGAGUGCAAGAACAUUUUUAAGAACGGCAUUUCUCAAAUUUGCGAGGAACGGACUGUUUGUUUUGAUUUUUAAAGAUCAAGCAGUUGCAAAUGAUGACGCCGAAGAACUUGACAUAUUUAAGGUUCUUCAAGAUGUAAUUCGUGAUGAACAAAUAACAUCUGAAGAUGCUUCGGGACCAGCUUAUUUGCGAGAUGAACCUGUUCGUGAUGUUUUCAAUCAGCUAUUCAAGUUUACGAAUAAGUCUGCUGUCUCAUCCGUUCUCCGUAGUUUGAAUAAAUAUGUAGAAUUGGUGCAUUCUAAGUUAUUUAAUGAUAAAUUGAUUGACGGUAAGCGAACUUAUAACAUAUUAUGGAUGCCUCCAAGGGAAAUCUGUCAUUGGGUUUCAAGUUUAUUGCUUAUCGGACUCAAUUUGGGAGCAUUCUUAACAAAAUUAUCUAAACAUACAAGUGAAUGGAAAGCAACUGACUGGGAUGUAAAUCCUGUGCUUAAUAUGAUUUCUAUUAUAUUUAGAAACAAUCCUAAUUCCGUAAAGAAUAUAAUGACAUCUAUUAAAGGCUUUUUGAAAUAUACAAUCAAUAAAUGUGCUGUAACUAUCGAAUCAUUUAUAAAACUAAUGGCUUCUUACAAGGCGGUAGUCGAAAUCAUUUCUCCCGAUGAUGUCAAAACUAAUGCCUUUGGAGAAGUUAUCCUUGAAGAACUCAAAACUUCUCUUCGUGGGGCUAGGAUAAGAAUGAGUAGAGAUACUUUGAUAAUUUUGUUGCAGCUCAUAUUAUGGGAUAUGCAACCUUCAAUGCAUAAAUUAUUUCAGGAUAUCGAACAAAAGUUUGGUGAUUCGAAAAUUCCUCAACAUUCUUAUUUUUCAAAUGUUUCGGACAAUUUGUUUGAUGAUUGUGUAAACUUUUUGGAAAGUCCUCCUGCAACAAAACAAUAUUCAGAAAAAGAAUUUGAAGUAGGAGUGUGUAUAAGCCAGUUGGUAGUUUCCAUGUGUAAUCAAAAUUAUGAUUUGCUCUCCAAGAUAUUUUUAUGGCAAAAACAAGCAGAUACACGUACAAUCCGUCUUUUAAAUUGGAUUCUUUUAGGAAUUUCGAUGACAGAUACUUCCACAGGUUUAAUUACCACAAUAUUUGAUUUCCAGGAUAGUAUCGCCGAUCUUCUCUCACAUACAUUAAUCCAACCAUUUAACGAAAUCGUUGCAACAGAUCAAAAUUAUUUAUAUACACAGUCAGGAGAAUUAGCUUACCAGUCAUUUGUUUUAAUUAAAAUUUGGACAAUUUUAUGCUUCAAAAAACAAUCAUCAUUAUUGACAGUUCAUUUUGGUCAACAAGAUAAACCUAAAAUUGUAGGGGCUCCAAGAAUACAUCAAAAACUUACAGCAUCUUUGGCUACGGUAGAGAGAAGGUUUUGGAAUUCUAUCUGGCCUAGCAUGAAGAAACAACUAACAGGAAGCAUUAUUGAUAGAGAGGUUCAACCAAAUGGCAUAGCAUAUUGGGAGAUGUUUAUGGAUCUAAUAACAUUUUUACGCUUAUGUGGGUCUGAUAUUAUAAUGUUGUAUUCCCAAGAAUGGUACAUGCUUUUGGAUAACCUUGAACCUGAGCAAGAAUCACCUACAACGGCACAAUUUUACCAAAAAGUCAAACAAGUCAAUGCAAUGUUUGAUGAUCCACCAUUAAUGAUGCAGGAAGAUACUUUAUCGCAACAAUUGUUCUUAGAAAUGAGAGAAUCUAUGAGAUUGUAUUGUGAAAUUAAUAAUGCUGCUAGUAAU